GGGAGCGGAAGGGGCGGGCCGGGCCCGUGUGUGGCGCCGCCGCUCCCGCGGACUCGCCUCAGGACGUCCCUGUGGGGUUUGCUGGGAACUCGCGGAGCUUUUGUGCGACCUCCGGCAUGGGAGGAGGCAGCCUUGUUCUGGCCCCUGCUGUGGCCCUGCCUCGCUGCGGAAGCCUGGCGAGCCCUCCCCGUGACGUAGCCACAGCCUCCCCGGCUGAUGCAGUUUGCUAACCUCCUUCCGGCUCUAACAACACUCGGGCCCCGGAGGCGUGGCCUGAGGGGCGGAGCCUGUGAGCGUCCUGGAGAUGGUGCCUAGCAACGCCGGGAGCGGGCCCCGGGAGAUCGUCCCGGAAGGGGAAUUCGUGACAAACUCCGGAGAGGUGCGGCGGAGGGUCCUGGGAGAAGAGACCGAGGCUGGGUUCGCAGGCUGGCUUCUCCUGGCUCUAAGUGCAGUUCAGGAAAAGUACCUGGCCGCAGCGCGGAGAGAACUGAGGGCUCGAGACGAUGCUCUGGAGCUUGACCCGUCUCCGUCACAGCACAUCCCAAAGCCAUGGGUGUUUCCAGUUCCAAAGGGGAACAUAGAGCGCAUCUUUGGGAGCAGCCGGGUGUUCCAGAACUUUGAUGAUGUGAAACCAAAGGUCACGGGAUUAACAGUGCCCCUCAAAGUCAGGCAGUACUACCACCAAGGCCAGCAGUGCUUGGAGCAAGAGGACUGGGAGAUGGCCGUGCUGUUCUUUUCCCGUGCCCUCCACCUGGACUCCCAGCUGGUAGACUUCUAUGCUUUACGAGCUGAGGCCUACAUCCAGCUCUGUGACUUCUCCUCGGCCGCCCAGAAUCUACGAAGGGCUUGCUCCUUCCAGCCUGAGAACACCAAGUACUUGGAGCGCCUUACCCUGGUCCUUUACCUGCAGGGCCAGUGCCUAUUCGAGCAAUGUGCCUUCCCGGACGCUCUGAAAGUCUUCUCGCAGGCCUCCAUGCUCCAGCCCGAGAAAGCCAGCUUCCGCUACCGAUGCAUGGCCUGUCUCCUGGCUCUCGAACGGUAUCAGGACUGCCUCUCCCUUGUCACCAAGGAGGUGAUGCUUGGCAUGACCAAUGCUGAUGUCUUCAUGCUCCGGGCCAGACUCUACAACUUCUUACAGAAGCCUCUGCCCCUGCAGCCCAGCCUCUGCUAUCGAGACCUGCACAGUGCCUUGCUGUUGGACCCCAAGCAUUCGCAGGCCAAGGUGUUGCUCCAGAUGAUGGUGGACCAAGCCCAGCAGGCACGUCAGGAUGCUGGGAUCCUAGCUGUGCAGGGCAAGCUACAGCAUGCUCUGCAGCGCAUCAACUGUGCCAUCGAGAACAACCCUCUGGACCCUCGCCUUUUCCUCUUCCGGGGCACCAUCUACCGCCGGCUCCAGGAGUUUGAUAGCGCUGUGGAGGACUUCCUAAAGGCAUUGGACAUGAUGAGUGCAAGCCAGGAGGGAGAGGUGCAGCAGGCUCAGCGGCAGCUGCUGCUGGCCUACAAUGACUUUGCAGUGCACUGCUACCUGCAGGGUGCCUACCAGGAGGGUGUGCUGCUGCUCAACAAAGCCCUCAAGGACGAGCAGCAGGAGAAGGGCCUCUACAUCAAUCGAGGUGAUUGCUUCUUCCAGCUGGGCAACCUGACCUUUGCGGAGGCAGACUACCAGCAGGCGCUGGCGCUGAGCCCGCAGGACGAGGGGGCCAACCUGCGCAUGGGCCUGCUGCAGGAGAAGAUGGGUUUCUGCGAGCAGAGGAGCAGGCAGUUCCAUAAGGCAGAGAGCCACUUCUCAAUGGCUAUCCAGCACAACCCCAAGAGAGCCCAGUACUACCUGCACCGUGCCAGGAGCCGGCAGCUCCUGCAGAACAUUUUGGGGGCCCGCCUGGAUGUUGCCACCGUCCUGCUUCUCAACCCCAAGCAACCCAAGCUGCUCCCACUGAUGACCAACCUCUUCCCGGGCAUGUCGGUGGAAGAAGUGCUCUGCAGCCAGGUGGCCCACCUGGCCAGGCUGCAGUUGGAUCGGGUGUUGGAAAGCAGCCUGCAGGCUGGCAUCCCUCAAGGCAUCGUGGGGCAGCUCAGGGAGCGGGAACGAGCGCGCCAGAAGGCUCGGGCACUGCAGUUCCGGUGGAGGCCUGCCUUUGGGACCUCUGAAGAGCUCCAGGCUACUCCCCAGACCCAGAAUGGAAAGCCAGAAGGUCCAAACCAAGAAGCUGAGGCCCCCCAGGAGGAGGAAGAGGAGGAGAAGCCGGAGCCCACACCCAGCAGGGUGAGGUCCCUGUCUGACAGCUACCUUGACCAGACCUCUUCAGGCUCCAGCUUGGGCUUCAGGACCAUGUCCACCUCAGACACAGAGAUGUCCGCUAUCUGCCAGGAAUACAAGAUCACCUCAGCCACUGCUGUGACAUCCUCUGAUUCCUCACUGCUGAAGACUCAGUCCUCAGACCUGUUGGAGAACAGGGAAGACCCAAGCUUGAGCCACAGCUCCAGAAAAACCAAGGCCACCCAGGGCCAGAACUGGAGGCCCCACAAGAUUGAAACUGCCCAGGGCCAGAACUGGAGGCCCAGCAAGACCGAAGCUGCCCAGGGCCAGAGCCGGAGGCCCAGCAAGACCAAAGCUGCCCAGGGCCAGAGCCGGAGGCCCAGCAAGACCGAAGCUGCCCAGGGCCAGAGCCGGAGGCCCAGCAAGACCGAAGCUGCCCAGGGCCAGAGCUGGAGGCCCAGCAAGACCGAAGCUGCCCAGGGCCAGAGCCGGAGGCCCAGCAAGACCGAAGCUGCCCAGGGCCAGAGCCGGAGGCCCAGCAAGAUUGAAGCUGCCCAGGGCCAGAGCCGGAGGCCCAGCAAGAUUGAAGCUGCCCAGGGCCAGAGCCGGAGGCCCAGCAAGACCGAAGCUGCCCAGGGCCAGAGCCGGAGGCCCAGCAAGACCGAAGCUGCCCAGGGCCAGAGCCGGAGGCCCAGAAAGAUCGAAGCAGCCCAGGGCCAGAGCCGGAGGCCCAGCACGACCGAAGCUGCCCAGGGCCAGAGCCAGAGGCCCAGCAAAACUGAAGCCGCCCAGGGCCAGAGCCGAAAUCCCAGCCAGACUGAAGCCACCCAAGGCCCAAGACAAAAGCCUAACAAGACCAAUGCUACUCAGGGCUCAAGGCAGAGGUUCAGAAAGAUCAAGGCUUCCCAUGGCCAGAGCUGGCGACCCAGUAAGGCUGCCACCCACGGCCAGAGCAGGGGAUUGAUCCGGAGUUCCAGCAAGACCAAGGAUUUCUAUGAUCCAAGUUGGAGCCCCAGCAAUACAGAGAACACUCAGGACCAAUCCCAGGGGCCUAGCAAGACCAAGGCUGCCCAGAGCUGGAGCCAAAACACAAGUCCGGGUUCGAGCAAGACUGAGGUCACCUGGGGACUGAGUUCCAAACUCAGAAAACCCCAGACCACAUAGGGCCUGAGCCAGAACCCCAGAAAAAUCAAGGCUGUCCCAGCAGUUACACUGGUCCCCGAAGAGUCCACUCAGCUGCCUCACUUCUUGCUGGGUGUGGGAGAGAUUCUAAGCCCUACAUACACUCACUGGCACUCAGCAAAACCACCUCCUUCCAGAGCAAUUAGAUAUCUCAGCCAAUAUUCCUCUGGUCCCACGGCUAAGUUUAUUGUAUUUGUUCUGUUAUAAAAUUAAAAACCUUAAAAACCA